AUGGCUAAAUAUAUAGCACGGUUUAAGAUAAGUCUAUCUUUAACCGUGAUGUAUAGGUAUGAUCACAACUGUUUAUUCCUUAGCUUUUCAUGGCGAGAAAUCUCAGUUGGCAGUGAUAUUUAUUACCAGCUUGAUUGAAAUAAAAUUGGAAUCACUGCGAGUGGCGGCCAUUAUAACCUGUGUAUCACAAAGUUGUAAUCAUACCUAUAUAUUUAGCCAUGGGAAUAAUUAUCCCUAGGUAUAUGGUCGACCCUAUACCCAAAAAUCAAUUUUCCAAUAGGUAAUAGGUAAUACAUUAAUAAUAAUACAAUAAUUAACAUUUGAUGAAACACAUAUAAUGUUGGUAACGAUAAUUUUUGUGUCAAUAAAUUUAAUAAUAGUAUUCAAAUGUAUUUUGACAUUCACGAAUUACAUUAUUUUAUUUAUAAUAUUUAGAUAGAAAAAAACUACCGCUUCUACGGCUUAUUUAGUUAUAGUUUUUUAUUAAUGCUUUAACCAGGGCUAAUAAGUGAUUAUAGGAUACAGAUAAAAAUAGCAGAGUAAGUUUUAUGUAUUUUGUUUUAUGUACCAGCAGUGGCGGCGAGAGGGUUUAUUAUUGAAGCAGUCGCUUAAUUAAUCAAUUAAUUUACACCAAAAUAGGUGGGAGGGUGCCUUUUGGGUUAUUAAUUCAUAAUAUUAUAUUACUAUCGUUACCAUAUAAUGUUAUCGAUUAUAUCGUAAUAUUGUAGGUACCUACUUAUAGUCUAAACUCUAAUGCUGGUUAUACACGGAGCUGUUUAGCCGCGGUUUUUAUACGCAGCAACGCAGCGGAUAACCACCUACAAUAAAACAUGGGUUAUUCAAAUUACAUACCUACGAAAAAAAAUGUAAUCGUAUGAUAAAUAUUUUAAUAUUAUGAAAAAUUAAUGUUUUUCGAAUACAUAUUUUUAUUAAUUGAUUAAAAAUGUUUUUAUUAAUUUUAUAAAUAUUUUAAUCGAUUUGUUAUUUGUUUUUUUAAGAGAAACUAACAUUUUUUAAAUACCUACCUAUAUAUUUUAAUUGUAACCAUCUAAUAUUAAAAAAAUGCAAUGUAUAAUUACAAAAAAAUACAACAAAAUGUUAGUUUUUUUACUUUUAAUAUUUAUAUUACCUAUUUGUAUGUUAUAUUAAAAAAAAAAAUAACUUCAUUAUAUCAUGCUUAUUAAAAUACUAGGAAAAAAAAUGGAAAUAAUAAUAAAGAAACUUGAAUAAUGUAUUCAUAAAUGUUUGUAGAUUUUUAUGAGAAUUAUUUUAAAAAAGUCCCCCCCCACCUGGACACAGUGGGUAGGUCAGAACAAUUUUUACACAUCUAUAUUUUACUCGCAUUCUUUGCGCCUUAUAACGUAUGCAACUAUUAAGUAUAUAUAUUAUGUACAAAUUAUUUAAGUUACAAAAUUAUUAUUUUGUUUGGUUAUUACAUCCAUCACAAAUAUAAAUUUCUGGUAAAUCAUUCUUGUCGAUUUUUAUACAAAUACCGUCUAACUCCAUAAUAUACAUAUAUUAUUAUAUAAUUUUGAGUUAUUCAGUGGAUCCUUGCAAUUGCAAUCAUUUUAAGAGUAUCAGAAGACAAAAACAUUAUUAUAAAUAAUAUAAUAUUGGUACUAUAAUACCGAUUAUCAAACAAAAAUAGUUUUGCUAAAUUAAAGCUUGGACAGUUUUCAUUAAUAUACUAUGAAAUAUAUGCUUACAUAUUCAUGCAUUUUAUAAUGCGUGAAUAAGCAUAAUAUUCGUUUUUUUAUUGUUUAAAUUUCAGUAUCUAUACUCAUUAUUAAGUUAUACUUUUUUAAAAUACCUAUAGUUAUUAUUGAGUUGUUACUACUAUAUUUUAAUUUAAGUACUAUGUUUGUUAUACUAUUUAUAAUAUCAUAUUGUUUGUUCUGAUAAUAAACCUAUUAAGUAGAUAAUUUGUGUGUAUUUUAGUUUAGUACAAAAUUAAUUUGAAGGCAAUUUUUAAAUUGCAUUAUAAAGUACACAGAAAAAUAACAAAGACAAAGAAUAUGAUUAAAUUAUUUAUUUUCUAAUUUAUUGGAAAUAUAUUAACAUAAUAAUAAUAUAUAAUAUUAUUAUAGAUAUACAGAUAAUUGUUUAGUAUUAAAAAUUCCCAGUAGAAACUUUGAAAUCAUUUUGCUUUUAAAAAUUAAAAAUAACAGUACAAUAUAAUGGGUUGUAAGUUAUCUAAUUAAAUACAAUUUCCAUUGAACUCUAUAUAUUAUCAUAAUAAAGUUCAAUGAAAAUUACAUAUCUAUUUAUUUUUAUAUUUUUAUUUUUUUUAUAAAUUUUCAAUAUUAUUAUGUUAUUAAAAUUGUAUGUCUCGUUCGACGGACUUUUCUAUUUUUCUAUUUUUUUUUACGAAUUUGACUAUAAAUAUAUACUUUUUUUAAAUUUUUUUUUUUACAAUCGGUCUAUUCGAAGGGGACAUCGAUUUGGAUAAAAAUUAAAUUUCUAUUUUCAUCCCUUAAACAUAAAAAAAAACCACUUUAUUUAUUCACUUUAGAGAAUUUUCAAAAUAGCUAUUUUGUAGAAAAUAUUAUUUUAAAAAUUGUAUUACUUGUAUUAUUAAAUUGUAUUCUUACCGUUGAAUAACGGCACUUUGUAUUUAUCCUCUUCUAUUUAAAAAAUGAAACUUACGAAGACAUAGAUUUUUUUAAAAUUAUUAUUAUUAUAGAGUGACUGGGGGCUAAUAACCAAUUGAUUUAAAAAGAAACAUCCAUUUGUUUAUUAUAACUAUAAUGUAAAUAAUUUAUUGUAUUAAUAAUACAUGCGACAAAAUUAAAUAAAAAGUUAAUAAGUAAUGUACGAUACAAGAAAAGAAAAACUUAGAACUAUACGAUCACAUCGUCUUAACUAAAAAAGGUACGGAAUGUUUUGUUAUAAGUGCCUAGGAGGAAAUAAUCUAAGAGGUAAAAAAUAAAAGGGAUUGUGUAAAACUUCAAUAGUUUUUUGUAAGUACUAUAGUAUGUUAUUUUUUUAUCUUAACCUUUGUGGCUCUUUGAAAAACAUGGUUUUGCGAUAUUUUUAAAAAAUGGCGUUCCUGCAUUUAAUUUAUACAGAGUGAUUUUUUAUCAUGAUUCAUGAACCAACGAUAUCUUGGAGUUUUUAAGUGAAUUUGAUUUCUGUUUUUUCUAAUCAUUAUGGAAUCGUUUAAGCUUUAUUUUAAAACUAUUUUUAAUUUUUCAUUCCUGCUCCAUGUAUCUAAAAUAAGUUCAUAUUUUUGAUUUUCAAUUAGGAACCUCUUCUUUUUAACACAGAUUUGAAUAAAGAUUUUGAAAUCUAGAAAUGUUGAUAUUAGUGUUAUGUAUAUCAAAAUUUCUAAUUUAGAUAUCUGUGGAUAUCUCCAUGGUAUUACCGUAAUCAACUCGUUAUCUAUAAUUGUGAUAGGAAAUUAGUAUUAUCACGGAAUCAAGUCUUAAUGUAUUAGUUUUCGUUUUAAUAAACAUUAAAAUAUUAAAUCAAGGCUUAAUAAUAUAAUUAAUAUAGUGUAGAAUAUAGAUAUAAUAGUUCAGACAUGUUCAUUAGACAAAAUAAUGACGAAUCAUUAAAACUUUAAAAAGUUACCUACUAUUAUGUGUCGAUGUUAUGUGGUUUUCCAUCAACAUUUUGAUUCAUCUGGCGAGUGCCCAAAACUAAUGAAUUAAAGAAAGUAUCAUUAGCUUCUAUAUAUUUGCCAUCAAAUAAAGUUAUAAAACAAUAUUUGUGUUGUAUUUAUUGGUUAUAUUUGUAUGUUCUUUGGGUUAAUUUUAUGGUGAUGUGACAAUGUAGUACAUGUUUAUAUUAAGUACUUAGGUAAUUUUUGACAUUUAUCUACCCAUUAAAUAUAAUUAAAUAAAUAAAAUGGUUCUCUUUGUUGGAAGUUAGGAUUCUUAAUUAAUUUUUAAGUUUAAAGAAUUGUUUAUAUACUUUAUAUUUACCAGCAAGUACUGUAUUUAUUAUGUUGUUUAUUUUUUGUGAUAUUUGUCCAGUAGUCGUUUUAACUUUUAAAUGCUUAUUGUUAGUAUUUUACACAAAAAUUAUAAAUUUCAUAUUUAAGGGAUGCCAAAGGAUGUGGUCUGGAAAACUAUACAAGUACAAUUUUUAUUGAAGAUCAUGUAUGUGUAUGGCGUAGGAACCUAAACACAUCAUUGAACCAAAUGAUUAUUCCUAGUUAACAUUAUCAACAACCAAGUGCAAAUAGUUAUGUUUUGAAACAACGAAAUUAAAAAAAAAAAAAAAUGAUUGUUAAGAAAUAGAUAGUGAAAUUGGCUGAGAAAUUUGGAUCUUCAAAAUACCUAGGUACUACUAAGAUUAUCAGUCAAUUAAAUCCAACCAUAUUGAAUUUUUUAUACUUCAACUAAAAUCUCAAAUAAUGAAACCAAAAGGUCACAGACAUUCAUUAAAUUAUAAAAUUGUAUUGAUAUACACAUUAUUAUACAGAAUUAAUCAAAUUUCAUAUUAUAGUAAAGUUGUGCUUAAAAUAUUUAUUUUUUCAAACAAUUUAUUUAAAAACUUUUUGGAAUCAUAUAUUUUAAAAUGUUACAUUGUACUUAUUUUUUCAUCUUUAUUUUAGUUAAUGAUACAACUACUUAAUUUUGAUUUUCAAAUAGCAACCUUUACUAAAAUUGUCAUAAAUAAAUAAAGAAGUUUUUAAAGUGGAGCAUUAUUUGUACUCUACUACUCUAUAUCCAUACUUAAAGUAGAAUAUCUCAUCAACGAAUGUACAGAAUUUAUAAUUGUUAACAUCAACAUUUAUUUUAACUAAAACUUCAUCUAUUUUAUAGUUAUAGAAAUUUUAAUAUAGGUUUGGUAUUUGAAAAUUAAAAUUAAGUAUUCGUUUUAUCCCCAAAAAUAAGGAGAAUGUAAAAUUAUAGAAUUAGAAUGAUAACAAAAAGUUUUUUCAGAAGUAAUUUUUUAAUAAAAAAAUAAGAAUUUCAUGAAUAGAGUAACGAGAAAUUUGAUAAAUCCUCUAUGAAAAUUAUCCAAAAUAUAGUUUUCUUUGAACAAUAUUUUGCAAUUAAAAAAAACUUUAAACAUCUUCUUAGUUGUGUUCUUUUCAAUAUAGUUCAUCAAUGAACAAAUUAUAAACAACUUAUUAUGCCAAGUGUCCAGACUACAACCUAGUGAUAGAUGAGGGUUUGGACCAUUAGACAAAGAAUGGUAACUACAUUAAGACUUUUGUCAGAAUGUGGUAAAUUUAAUAAUUUUAUAUUUAAUUAAAAUGCAUUUAAUAUAACAAAACUGUACAAUUCUGUCUUUUAAUAGAGAUGGUGUUCGAUUCUAUCAUCGGAAGAACAUUGAAAUAUAAUAAUGGACAAAUCCCAUUAUGAAUACAUCAAAACUCCAUAUUUUGAGAAAAAUGUGUUUCAAGAUUUUAUGAAUUUUUAAAGACUCUUAAAACUAAAAGUGUAUUAUGUAUAGUCAUACAGUUUUGUCAUUAUAUUGUUUGUAUAUUUAAUUAAAUAUUGAUACAAUAGAUUUAAAAAAAAAUUCUAUGCCUUCAUGGACAAAACUAACUUUUUUUGAGUUAAGAGGACAUUGUACAUGUAUGUGCUGUUUCAUUCCAACUAACAAGCGAUAUACCAAAAUCGAUCUUGCACAGUCUAUAUAGAACUCGUUUGAUUUUGGUUUUAGGAUAAAAACACCUAUUAUAAAAUUAAAAGAGGACAAUAUUUCAUUGAGCAAGCCAAUGCGUUUUUCCUAUUAUUCUAAUUAUUAUUCCGGUUAUAACAUUUAGUACAUCAUUUAAGAAUAAAACCUAAUUUUUUUGUUUUUAAAUAACUGUGACAAAUUAAAAAAUGAAUAUAAAAAAUUAAAUGCAUCGUCUUGUCUUCUGGAAUAUUUUUCUCUUUUAAUUCCUUAUAUGUGCUUUUACUCUAAAACCAAAAUUAAGCGCAUUCUACGGAGACUGCAUAAGGUAGAUUUUGCUAUAUCACCUGUUAGUUGUACUGAGAUAACACAUUUGGGUAUAGCGUCCUCUUAAUACAUUACUAUAAUAAAUAUUUUAAACAAUAAUCCCAACUUAUAACAUAACAUACCUUAAAAAUAUACCUUAACAUUUUAAUUUAAAAUGUUAAUUUUUAUAAAAAUAGUUUUAAAUAAUAUUUCAUAUUAUAAAAACUGUUCUAGGAAAUACAGUAGGUUACAAAAUAAAAAAAAAAAUACCAAACAAAUAAUUACAAAUUUAUAACGCACAAAAUAUAUUUUUUUUGUACAAAAAAAUAAAACAUACACUUUUAUUUAAAUUAAAUAAAUUCUGAAUCUAUUAUUUUCUAUAAUAAUUACUUCUAAGUUUUUAUAAUAGUAUUUUUAUAAGCCUCGCAAGUGUAACAUGGGUUCUUUUUUGAGGAAAUAAAACAUUAUUAAAUUCAUAAUUAAAAAUAUGUUCAUAUAAGUGUUAUUUAACAGGUGUAAUUUUUCCAUUAUUUUCAAAAUUUGAAUAGUAAACUAAUCGACUACCUAAUUUAUUGUCACCGUACGAAGCAUAUGGUUUUGUUAUUUUUGUGUAAGUAUAUGUUUGAUACUUUGAAUUUUGAUUGUAAUUUAUUAGAAGGUAAGUUGAUUUAGUUUAUGUUAAAUUAUAAUGUAUAAUGUAUAAGAUUCAGUUGUAUAUUGUAGUACUAUACUUAUCUACUAAAAAACAUUUGUGUCGUUUCAUAUCAUAAUAUUACCUAUGUACAAUUUGCUAAACUCUAUAAGUUAGUGAUUAUUACAUACUCUGUACCUACAUAAUUUAAAUCUAUUUCUAUAAGUGAACCAAUAAUAGAAAUAAGAGAACUGUUUUUUGAAUUGUUAUAUAAUAUAAAAUAAAUAAAAUAUUAUUAUUAAUAUUAUAUUAUUUGUAAUAAUAUUGAUUAAUAUUAAAACUUACAACUUUAUAAUUGAUAUUGUAAGGUAAUGCCAGUUAAGGUAUGUACGCUACAAUUAUUGGAGGUAUUUAUAUAUUUACUAUAAAUUGAAUGCAGUAAUUUAACCAUAGUAGGUAAAUAAUAAUAAAUAAGUAAGACUAUAUAAGUAUAAUUGUGUCAUAACAAUUUGUUUAGUUGAAAUUACCAAAAUUACUUUUGAAUCUUUCCCAUGGCUUUUAAAUGUUGGCAAAUUGCUCCUCGGGUCACAUUUAGUGUUUGUGCCAAUUGUUGUUGCGAUUGAGUUGGGUCUUUAUCCAAUAAGGCCUGCAAUUACUCGUCUUCAAACUUUUUCGCUGCACCAGGAUGUUCAUUGUCUGUUAAAUCGAAAUCUCCAUUUUUAAAUUGACGAAACUAUGUCUCGCAUGUUCUAAUCAUUGGAGCAUGUUCACCAUAAGUUUCUACCAGCAACAGAUGAGCUUCAGCUGCCUUUUUCUUUUGAUGAAAUAAGAAAGCAACGAAUGUCGCAAAUGCGAUUUACUUGGAACGAAAUUCGACAUAUUCACUGAGGUAAACAACCAUGACGCUAUUAUUUUGGCAGAAUGCAAUUUGUGUAUUUUUAAAAGUUAAUGUCCAUAGAAGAAUAUGACAUAGAUGCCAAAUCAUAGAAAUGUAUACAUAUCUCUAACGACAUCUAUUAGUAAAACCGGCAAAUUUCAACUAACAACUCUAGUAUACUUUAAUGCCGCCAAAAAGAGUCAAAGCUAGUGGUGUCUGCAAUUGUAAGGAAGCAAAAAAAAAAGAAGCAAAAACUUAAUGAAGUUUUAAAAAAUAUAAAAAAAAUAAAUACCAUGUUUAAACUGAUGAUUAAGUCAAAAUACUGUAAGAAAAUAAACUGUAAUUAUUUAUAAUUAUAAAAAUUGUAAAUUGUAAUACUUAAAUAGUUUCCUUUUUACUUUAUAAAUAAAGAUUUUAGAUAUAGGUCAACAAUAUCUAAAGAGAGAUUAAACACACUUGCAAUAUUAAAUAUUGAAGCACACAUAACAAAACAAAUUAAAUAUAAAGACAUUAUAGAUAAUUUUGCUGAUAUUCAAUCAAGAAAAAAAAUGUAAAAUGAACAUUAAAUAUUAUAAUAUUACAUAUUAUUAAUUAUAAAUCACUCAUUAUUAUGUUUACUAUAGUAGAUUCUAGAUAGAUAGUACAUAAGUUAUAAAUUAGUUAUUUGUUUUUUUUUUUUUUUUAUAUCUACUAUUAAAAAUGUAUAGAGAAUGGGUACCAAGUUAAAAUUGUUAAAACUUAGCUGUGAAUUAAAUUAUCAACGAGAAAAGGAAACAUAAAAAAUUAAUUAAUUGUAUGGCCCCCAGUAAAAGAAAAAUUAGCCACCACUACUAUUAUAUAUUAAAAACAAAAUUGUGUUGGAAAGGGGCGCAAAAUCCCUAAAUACGGCCCUGGGUAGGUAGGUACCUAUGACCUAACUUAUAAAGGUCUCACACACAAUAAAAUGUUAAUAUUAUUAUAGGUAUUGAUAUUGAGAUUAAAUUGAUUGUUUAAAUAUGACAAUUUAUCUUAAAUUAUUUUAGAUUAAAAUCUUAAUUUUUAAUUCUAUUUUAAAUAACACGAAAGUAAUCUUUUAUGAAUAAUUAAUACAAUGGGACGUACUAAAAUGCAGACUGAUUUGAUUACUUACUCAUAGACUACAGUUAAUAAUAAUAAUUUUCAUUAGGUACAUUUAUAUUUUAUAAAUAUGUCGUAUUUUUCACUAAUCAUGAAUUACUAGUCUUCCAUUUUAUCAUUCAGAUCAGUCAAUUAGAAAUUCUAAAUUAGAAUAGUCUUGUUUAUACAAUCAUACUCGACCACAAAUGUAGAUAAUAAUCUAAAUUUAUAUCCAUAUUUAUGUACUCGACGGUAUAGGUAAUUACAAUUACAAAUACUAUAGAUACAUAUAUGAAUUGUGCUAUAUUUAAGUAGUAGGUAGCUGAUAAUGAUAAUUAAAAUUGAAAAGAUAACAUUUUGCGAAUAGUAGUUGUAUUUUAUUACUGUAAAAUUUGGAAAAUCGAGAUUACAAAUUCAGAUUUUUAAAUAUUUAAGUAUUAAUUGUCGGUGAUGCUGUGUGACUGUGAAUAAUCACAGAAUACUGUAUAUUGUCUGUAUUAUUAUAAUAAUAUCUAUAUACCUACUCUCAAUCUAUAUGGAAAGCUCGUAGGUGGUACGUAAGAAAUUUUUCGAUUGGCAAGUAGGUAAAAAAAAGUUAUUAGUCAUACAUAAAGUAGUUUGUUAAUCCAUAAAUAAUAAAAAUAAUAACUGUACCUAAGUAGAUAAAUAUUUAAUUUUACUUUUGUGCAUUAAAUGCUUUUAAUUAUAUAGAUUUAAUAAUAUAUAGGUAGGUACAUAUAAAAUAAUACACGUUUAAUUUUUAAUAAGUAAAAAAAAAAGUUUAAUAAACCAUGUCAAGUAGUACGUGAACAAUUUUAAAAUUUGUAAAUGGUACCCGGAUAUAAAAAUGUCGAGAACCGCAGGCUGCUCUAUAGUAUUGCCGAUAACAUUGUUGAAGUCAAAAUAUUUUAUCUGUAUAGUAUACUGAAUUGCGUUUUUUGUUUAUCAAAUGCGUCAGCACUGUAAACCGUUAAGCUUUUGACUUCCGUGUGCGCAUUUCCCGCGUAUGACUUUAGUCACGUUUCUAAAUUGUUCCGAGUAGCUCGUUAGUUUUCGCGAACGUUUUAAAGCAUGGCUUGUAUAUUUGUGUAACGUUUAAACUAUUGGACGAAUUCGUUUUUGAGGUAAGCUCUUUUCUUCAAUACCUACUAUUUAAAAAGACUUCCUAGGAUAAUGAGGACGGGUGCCAGCCACUGUUAAGGGUAAUUUAAUGUAUACCUGUAAGCAACAAUAAACCAUUGCUUACGAAAAAAACCAUUCUGAGCGGAGUUCAGUUGAUAGUCAACAAUAUGUAUACCAAAUUAUAGGAAAAUAAUUAAAUAGGCUCUAUAUGUAUUCUUUAAUAAAUAUUCGAUUAUUAUUAUUGAUUUUCCCGAUUUUUAUACGUUUUUCCUAUGUUUUUUCCCAGUUUUUCACAUUUGCUGAGAAAACUCCGGAGAAAAUCGAAAACUGACCUCUUUAAAGUACUUCCCCGGUGAAAUUUUCUUUUAGAUAAACUGCUAUCAUUAAAUGUUGGAGCAAAAUUGCUGAUAAAAAAGUUGUCUACAGAAAAAAAAAAAAUAAAAGCUAAACACCUUUAUUAAAACCAUGUUUCUUUACUCCACUUGGAAUUUAAUAUGACGAGUUCAGUAAGUAUCGUCAUACUGAUUACGGUUACGAAAAAAUGACAUAAAACAGAUAAGGUAAAUAAAUAGUUUAUUUGUUUCCGAUACCUAAGUAUCUCACAAAUAUAAUGUUAUAUUGAACAUUAGUGUGAUUAAAUUUUUUCUUGUAAAAUAAUAAAGUAAAAACACAAUUUUUAAAAUGGUUAAUACUCGUAAAUAAAUAUAUAAAUAAAAAAUGUUUGUAUAAAAAUAGAAAAUAAAUAAAUGAAUGCAGUCGCGUUUUACAUUUUGACUGUGAUGUACCUGAUGAUGAAUUUUUAAUUUGAAACCGGUCGUGUAAUACACCUAUCAUAAUACUCCAGGCGACGCAUUCAUUCAUUUAUUUAUAUUUUUAUUUGUAUUUAUAUAUUUAUUUAAUAUAUAUAUUUUAUUGUAUUUAUUUAUUUAUUUAUAGAAACUUACUAUAGAAAUUGCAAUUUUAAACUCAUUAUUUAUAUUGUAGGUACCUACUAGUUUUAAGUGGCCUGACUGAGCAAAAAAAAAUAAAAUGAAAUGGUGUAUUGAUCGUUAUAUAGGGAAAGUAAUUGAAUAAUAAUAUUAUCCAAAUACAUCAUCCAUAGUCCAUAGUACCUACUAUUGAAUGUACAUAUUACACUUAGGAAAUUUGAAUGGUACCUAAAUAUUUUUAAAGUUAUCUAUAGAGUUGUAUUUAGGGGUUCUACUAGUGGUUCUACUAGUGGUUCAAUCCCAUUAUAUUUUAAUGAAUGUUGGGAGCAAUGGUGCCAACUAAACAUUUAUAAAACCCUAAAAUAUAUCAUAAAAAACCAUAGAUUAUUAUUAAUAUACAAAACAGUUUUUAUUUAAUAACCAUAUUAUCAAUGUUAAUAACGAAUAACGAUUAUAAAUUAUAAUCUUCAAAUCAUGGACCAAGAUAUAUGUACCUACCUAAUAAUAUACGUGACUCGUCGAAUUGAAAACGAAAAUAGACAUUUACUAUAAAAAUAUUACUCAUAUAUACUCAUUAUUAUGUUUGUAUUCUGUGAUUUGUAUAUAGGUACCACACAUUACAAAUGAACAUUAUGCUCAACUUUUUUUUGAUAGUGAACCUAACUUAUAAUGAACCUUGUGUUAAAUUGUUAAGCGUUUAUGUUUGAUUAAACAAUUUUAUCCACAUAGAACCCAACAAAGAAAAUCUAAAAAAAAAAAAUAUGAAAAUGUAAAAUGUCUAUAAAUAUUGCAAACUGAAAAUUUUAGUACUCUACGAUAAUUUUUAACUGAUUUACAACAAAAACCAAAAUCGAAAAAUACGAACCCAUUAAUGCCGUCAACUUUCCCGUAUUUUUUACGUGUUUUUUGUUUUCCUAAUUAUUAUGAAAACUCAUUGAAAAAUUAAAGAAUAACCUUUUCAAUGUACCAAGUAGAUUUAAAAUGCAACAAAAAAGGUGUCUUGUUUCUUUUUUCGAUUGGAUAAAGAUUUCUGGUAGAAAUCCACAACUCGUAAAAUCUAGAAUAAUGAAAUAGAGGGUAAAUCACUGAUUAAUAUUACAUACAAUAUUAUGUAUAAUUAUUUUCAUGAUUACAUAACAACUAUUAUUCCCAUAAGACUAAAAAAAAAAAAAUUUAAAACUAUUAAAUAUUUAUUUAUACUUAAUUCAAAAUUAUUAAAAAGUUUUGUAAACUGUGCUAUGUUUAUAAUAUAAGUAUUUAGUGAAAAUUUCUAGUUAAUACAAAUAUUUUCACUGAAUUCUUAGAAAAUCUAAAUUAAUUGUCACUGCGUAAAUAUUCUUGUUUUACUAAUGGUUUUUCAUGGUUUUUUUCUAUCAUAAAGAAAAUUACAAGGAAAAUAAAAAAAAAUCACUGUUCUGGUUCUCAAUUCACUAGCUAGAAAAAGUUUGACACUAAAACUUACCAUUGAAGUUGAUGAUUGAAGUAAGAUUACUGGUAAAAAAUUGGUUAACAGACAGAAAAUAAUAAACACAUCUUAGUAAAACCAAUAUAUUCGUCUCUACGCUGAGAAUUUAGAAAAAAGUAGAAAGAAUUUAUUGCUGGAAACUCUUAUUGUAUUUAUAUUUAUUUAUGUAAGCAAACUUUCAUUAUACUUAAAUUAAAGUAUCUAUCUUUCAACCUUUUUUUAACCUAUACAAUGUUAUAGUAAUUUUACAAUUAUUAUUAAACAAUAGUGAUGGGCAACAAUAUCGAUAAUUCGAUACGAUAUCAAUAUUGUGACAAAAUUUCGAUAUCAAUAUUAUAUCCUACAUAGGGAAUUAUUUGUAGCUAUGAUGAAUAUUGAAUAAUAAUAUCUGUCGACCGAUAACGUUAUAAUAUUAUUAUAUAAGUUCUAAUGUUAUCUGUAAAGUUAGGUAUUACGUAGUUUCUUGUAGGACCAUGAAAGGAAAAAAAGCAACUAAUUCUUAAAAAAAAAAAAAUGCUUAAUUAAAGAAAAACAGAAGUCCAAAUUAAACUUAUCUACGACUUUUCGUUAGCGAGUUAUAGUCAUUUAAAGUUAGCGCGUGACGUCAUAGAAUCUAAUCUCACUGGAGCCCAGUACGGCUCCACGCACGUCGUACAUAUUAUUACAUAUUAUUUUGGAUUUGAUAUUUUUGUGUACAAAAAUAAUUACGGGAUACAUAAUAUUUAUUUUUAUUUUUAGUUCUUACUGACAAAACUGGUUUUUGUCGUUUUCUUCUAGGAAUGGAUUAGUAUACACUAUUUUAGUAUUGUUCCGUGUUUCUUUGAAUGUAUUUGAAAAUAAAUUACGAUUGUAGUUAACUUAUCAAUAUGAUAUCACUAUAUCAAUUUGAACCGACGAAAUUAGAUUUUUCCGAUGAAUAUGAUUCUAUUAAUACUAACCAUAAUGAUUUUAGCCAAUGCUUUGGUAGAUCAUUGCUUCAUAUAAAUAAAUAAUUGGCGUGGUUGUCAAUAAUCUGAACUAAAUGUUGUGUGCAAUAUCCAAAACUAAUAUUUAUAACAUUGGUAUGGGAGUGGGAACUGAGAAUAUCAACGAUUACAAUAAUAUAGACUGUUGAACAGUAUCAUAUUAUGACUGCAACUAUAAUUAUUGUUAUUGUUAUAGUUUAUUAUAUAAUAUUAUAACAUUAAAUAAAUAGAAAAUUAUGAACUUUAAAAAUAUCUCUUAGACCCAACUCGGUAUAUUGAAUAUUACGCUCAUAAUAAUGGUGAAUAAAGUUGAAGACGUAUUAUUUACAUGUAUAAACGCCAUGAGAAUAGAUUCUAUGGCAUCACACGUCAACUUCAAAUGCCCGUAUAUCGCCAACGAAAAGUCGUAAAUAUUUUUAGUUUGAACCAUUAUUUUUUUUAACAUGGAGUACUGUGUUUUUUAAACAUCAAAAAUUGUUUAAUUUUUUCUUUUCGUGGUCUUUUAUAGUUCAAAAAUACUUUUUUUUUCGAUUUGCCCAUAUUGUUGAAUUCACUAUUCAAUGUUAUAUUUUGCUCAUUGAUAAAAUACGUUUGAUAUUUGAACAAGGCAUUAGUACCAUUGGAUAAUUUGAUUCACAGUGUAAUUUGUGUCGUCGAUGUGAUGUCGUGUGAUAUAAUUGUUUAAACGUUCGUUAUUUUUUUUUUGUACAUUACCUACGCCUUAUCAUUCACUGUAUGAUAUUAAAUAACUUAAUAGUUUUAAAAUAUUUUCGAUAUUUUCGAUAUUUUCGAUAUGAUAACGAUAUCGUAAAACUCACUAUACCUUACGAUAUUGCGAUACAAUAUCGGGAAAAUCAGAACGAUAUCGAUACCCAAAAUUAUAUCGUUGCCCAUUAUUAUUAAAUAUUAUACAUUGAUAUUUUAUUCAAAUUUUUAAUUUAUCGAUUUAAAACAUACAGAAAUGAGAAAAUAUACAUUUAAAAUUAAUAUGUUUUUGCUGACAAUACAUAUGCAAAUUUUGAAGUAUACAUUUUGAUUUCUGGUUAAUAAAGCAAUAUUAAUGUUUUUCUACAAGUUUUUUUUCAAUAAAAUGUAUUUGCAUACAAAUUACAUACCUCUAUGUACCUUUUAGUCAAAUGUACUUAUACAAAAAUGUAAUCUGUGACGCACAGGAAUACAACAUUUAAUUUAAAAUUGAAUAAAGAAUUUAUAAUGUUAAUAAUUAAUUUCAUUAAUAUCUCAUUAAAGUUGUAAAUCGGAUUUAUUUAUACUAAAAUACAUAGCUAAUUCUGUAUAUAUGUUUAAACAUUUUAAUAUAACUAUUAUAGAUUAUGCAAUGUUGAAAAUAUAUAAUAUGUAGGUUUCUUCAAGCCGUUGCUAGGGUACAAGCAAAUCAUUCUUUGCUUUAGGGCAGCAUAAAAUUUAAAAAAAUUGAAGCGGCAAAAUUAAAAUAAUUAUCGUCAAAAAGUACAGCAAUAAAGUGUAGGGUAGAAAAUAUUUUACAAUGGGCCUGGGUUUCUUAGUAUAUAAUUUUUUUGUCUUAAAAAGUAUUACUGUUGAAAACUGAAAAUAAAUCCUAAAUUAAACAAUAAACAAAAAUCGUGUUUAGUUUCUUUCAUACGGCAUGGUAUUUUUAAAUAUAUCAGAUAAGAUUUAGAGUGAUGAUGCUAGAAUAAUUUUUGCAUCAGUUAGUAUAUUUUGUUUUUACUUCAUUGAUUUGUUUUUCGUAUUUGUGAUGGAGAUAAUCCCUAAUUUUAAUUACAUUUUUUGAAGAAUUAUAUUUGUUGAAUAUUUUUAUGUAUUUACCUAUACAUAAAAUAUUAUAUUGAAUUAAUAGUUUAUUAUUAAAUAAUUGUUUAAAAUUUAGAAAAGUAGAGUUAGUUUAGUAAAGAGAUGAAAAAAUAAUAUGUUAGUUUACAAUUAUUUUUCGGACCUUCCAUUUCAUUAAUUUAACCUCUAAAUGCUCAUAUAUGGUUAUAGACUUAUGUAUUAAAAAAAUUUGUUUUUUUACUAUUAGUAUUUGGUAUUCAAUAUAUUUUACUUUUUCAUUUUUAGAAAAAGUAUUUUGUUUGAGAAUUUUAAAUUGAAAAAUAUAUAGAUGACAAUCUAAAAGCUACACAGUAGCUACCUAAAAAAUGUUACCUAAACGAAACUAUUGCCAAACAACAGAGGUGGGUACAAAGUUUUUAUUAUUUAUAAAAAUGUAGUGGGUAUAAUAAUAUUAAGUACCUACUUACCAACAUACUUCAAACCAUAGAGAAAAUAAAAAUACACAUUGACCGAGAAAAGAAGUACUAUUAUAGCAACUCUUAUUUGAAUCAACUGGUGGUAUAUUUUAAAAUAUAUAAGUGAAUAUAAUAUAAUAUCCGGAAUCUGAUGAAAAUGUAAUCGUUUAUUAUAUAUAUAUAUUUUAUAUUCUUUUAAAAUACUAUUUUUUAUUAUAUAUAGGUAUCAAAUUUAUGUAGCCAUUUUUAUUUAGAUAGCUUACUGUUACUUUUCUUAUUCUUUCAUUCGCCUGUAAUAAAUUACGUCCCAAAGCAGUACUUGAAUAUUAAUGUUUUCACAGAAAGAUUUUCUUUUUCACAACUGCAUACAUAUACUGAACUCGGGUAGGUAUAGUAAUAUUCAGAGAGCUGACCUCGUUGAGGGAAACCGUCCACAGGGACGAAUAUCAUACAUUAUACAUCUAUCCACUUUAACUGACUAUAUCAACUAUUAUUAUAUUAUCCAUUUAGGAUUUACCAUCCAUGAUGAAAAUAAAUUUUUAAGUAUAUUAUUAAUUAUAUUAUCGUUUUAAAAUCUAUUAGGUACUAUAGCUUAUAGCUAGGUACUAUUUUUACAAAAAAACUUAAAUAUCAACGAGUUAACCAAAUAAUACCACUUAAAGAGAUACUAUAGAGAUGUGUACAAAAAUAAGAGAUAGGAAUAGGUAAUAAUAUAAUAAUGUAGGUAGUAUUAAGUAAUAAUAUUAAUAUAUAUUAUUAAAUUAUGUUAUUUAAACAUAGUUGAGCCAAUCUUGAGGUUUUUAUUGAAAUCUGAUGGUCACAAUAGUACACAUAUUUAAUAUCGACAAAGGAGAAAUAAAGCAGCCAUUAAAGAUUAAAACUAUCUUUAAACUUGAUGAAACUUAUAUUUUAUCCACUGAUUAAAAUAUGAGAGAAUAGUGUUAAUUUGUACGAUACUGUGACAGUCGGUUUGUCAGAAAGUUUUGUUUUCGUUUACUUUUAUUAUUAUUAAUGAAAUAAUAAAAUAAUAUUGUAGUUAUUGUUUUUAAUUUAUAUUGUACAUUUAUUUUGUACCUAUUGGUAUGUUAUUUUCUUGUGUAGUAAACACAAUACAAGUUUAAUUAUUAAAAAGUGUACAAUUAUAUUACCUAGGUAUCUAAUAAUAAUAAUUAUUAAUUUUAUAAAAUAUCUACCGACGAAAUACAUAUAUAAUAUUAUCUAUGGUUUGUAAUACAUUAUCUUCAAUUGUGUAACCAAAUGUCAUGUUUUAUAAUCUAUAGUUUUCCCAAUUACAAUAUUUACCCUUAAAAAAUUAUUUUUGUCCAAAUUUAAUAUAUUUUAAUUUUGAAUGAACAUUAAUAAAUUAUAUUAUUUAGUAUACUUAAUUUUGAUAUGCUAGUACUUAUUACUAUAAACAAAAAAAAAAGGCCCGCGUUAAAUUGGGUGUUAAAAUUUUUUAUUUUAUUUUAUUGACAAUGUAUGUAUAUAUUAUUUUAAUAAUAAAUACUUUAAAUAUUUUAGUUUUAAAAUUCAAAAUGUUUGUUAUCUUAAGAAGUAGGUAACUUAAAAUAUUAAAAAAAAUAAACAUAUAUUAUAUUUUAAAUAUUAAAAAAAUAAUUUAAAUUUAAAUUAAAUUCUUCGUUCUAUUAUUAUAAAUUUACUUACAACUUUCUCGUAAAACGUUGAUGCAUUUUUCUAAGUUUAGAUAAAACUAUUUUUGAUAUGACUUUGAUUACAUUUUCGUCAAAAUUUGAUAGUAAAAUGUGUAUAAAAAAAUUCUACAUAACAUUCAAUUUUAUUUUUUGACCAUAAAGUAUAUCUUAUAAUAAACCUUUUGUUAAAUUGUCAUAUAUUUCUGUUUGGUCUAACAAUUUUAUCCACAGAGUAUCUACCUACUGAAUAAAAAUUAAAUACAAAACUAGCAAAAUUAUAAUGUUUUUAAAAAACUCAAAAAUGGCUAAAAUGUUGUGCAAAUUUUAUUACGCUUAAAAAAGGCAAAUAUAAUUUAUUUGUCCAAAUUCCAAGUAUAUAAGUGAGAAUUAAGGAAGGCAGAAGGGAAAUUGAAUGUAUAUAUGCAACGAUUAACUAUUGUUAAUGAAAAAUGAUUCUGAACGGAGUUCGGUAAUAGUGUUGCUUUGUCAACAAUAUAUAUGUCAUAUUAUACUUGUACAAUAUUAUAAUAAAUUAUUCACAAUUAAAUAUUGAAUAUUUGUAUAUUAAAAUUAAAUUAUAUUUUUAUAAAAAACGUUUAAAUACAGCGGAAACAAAUAAAAUGAUCUUUUAAUUUUAUAAAAUAGAUUCUAUAUUUGCAAAUUUGUGAUAAAUCUCAAGGGCCAUAAAAUUAUUCAAGGCGGACCUUAUGUGGCCCACGGGCUGUGGGUAGGUCAUCCCUGAAUUAUAGAAUAUAAUAUUAUUAUAGUAUUAAUAGUGUAAUAACCAUCGACUACUGAAAGUUUAAAAAGUAGAAAUGGUUUAUCUCAAUAAUAAUCAUAGAUUAAAUAAUAUAGUCAAAAAAAAAAAAAAAUAAUGAUGCAUCGUUACUCAUUAAUAGAUUUCUUUAAAUUCAUUAUAUUAUUUAAAUAAAUUGAAUAUAUAUUUUUAGUUUAUAAUUUUUUUUAAACAUUAUAUGAACGCUCUAUGGGAUCUAUCUUCCUUAUCUCCCCUUCAUUAUGCCCUUGUAAUGAAUCAUAUAAACAAUAGAACCUCGGAUAGAACUAAAAUCUUCACAAAAACCCCCUUUUUUUUGAAAAUGCUGGUAUACAUAAACUCAAAUAUAUAAACUGUAAUAAAUUGUAUAUAAGUAAGACAAAUAGAAAUUUUAAAAUAAGAUAUAAAGAACACAUUUCUGAAAUAAAAUUAAAAAAGAUCGCCUCUAGUUCAAAUUUCAUUAAACAUGUUUUAGAAAAUAACCAUAACAUAAGCUUUGAUAUUAAUCAGACUAUUAGAGAUAUUGAAUACUCAAAAUAACAUUUACAUUAAUUCAGUUUUAGAAGGAUUACAUAUAUUUAUUUAUUUAUUUAUUUAUUUAUUUAUACAAUGAAAUAAAGAAAAGUUUAUAGGAGACAACGUAAGAAAAACGGAAAUUCACGAAAAUUAUUUUAGUAUUUUUCAGGAGGUUCAUUUAAAGUCUUACUUCGUGGUAAAAAACGACGUUAAUUGUAGUUAAUUGAAUUAAUUGUAGUAUUUUUUUUUUUAUAAAGGAAUUUUAAUAUCAAAUUUUAACGAAAAUCGUUUAUCGUUUGAGUAAAAAAUUAUGUGGAAUAAAUCUAAUUUUUCAUUUUUAUUUUUUUAACAUAUUAUGUAUAUGGCCGAUUUAAGAACGACGGUGAAGUCAGAAUUGAGCGGAUUGACUUUUUGUAGCUCUGAUAUAUAUUAUGUGGAUGUUAUAUGUUAUGUUAAAUAAAUAUAUUAUUUCUCUGAAAAAUAUUUGUCUUGAUUAAAUGAUUAUAUAUGCCUAUUAUUAUUAGGAGUCCCGAUUUCAGCAAAAACAAAUGCAUUUUGGGUGUACUUAUCGCUGCCCCGGACUAUUUUAAUCACAUAAUACCCCUCGAUUAGUAGUGCAAACUUUUCUACCAGCAAUUUCGCUCCGAUUUAAAAUAAUAGCACUUUUUCUGAAAGGAAGUUUGACUGAGAAGGUACUUUAGGAAGAUCAUUAUAGAUUUCCCGAGAAGUUUUUCCAAUAAAUGUGAAAAAUGGAGAAAAAACAGGAAAAUGUUCAAAAUAAAUUAGUAAAAUAAUACUUUUUUUUUCUGUAGAUAACUUUUCUACCAGCAAUUUUGGUUCGAUUACAAUAAUAGAAUUUUUUCUGAAAAUAAAUCUGACUGGGAAGGUUAUUUUUCGGUUUUCUCAAGAGUUUUCUUAGCAAAUGUAAGAAACCUAUAAAAAACAUGAGAAAACCGGAAAAACGAGAAAAAGUUACAAUGUUAAAAAAAUAUUAUCAAAGAAUAUAUUUAAUGCCUAUUUAAUCAUUUUACUAUAAUAUGACAUGUAUAUUGUUGAUCACUAUCAACUGAACUCAGAAUCGCUUUUUCGUUAGCAAUGGUAAUCGUUGCUUACAGAUAUACAUUAAAUUACCCAUACCAGUGGCUGCACCAGUCUCAUAAUAGGACGUCUUUUUUUUUUAUGUAUUCCUUUAAUUAAUUUUUUUUAUUCAUUCGUGUUUUACAUUUGAACUGUGACAUACCUGUUGAAUUUUUAAUUUGAAACCGGUCGUAUAAUACAAUUAUCACAAUAUUUCAGGUGACGCAUUUAUUCAUUUAUUUCUUUCUAUUUUUAUGUAUAAAUUUUUUAUUUAUAUAUUUAUUUAUGAGUAUUAACUAUUUUAUUAAUUUUGUUUUUACUUAACUAUUUUUUUAUUUAAUGAUAUUUGUUAUACUUUUUGUUAUAUAUUGUUUAUACCUAUUUUCUCGUUUUUUCUACGUUUUUCCCGAGUUUUCCAAUUUAUUGGGGAAAUUCAUGGGAAAAUAAAAAAAAACGACUGCCUUAAAGUACCUUGGUCAGAUUUUCUUUUGGAUAAAGCGCUAUCAUUGAAAAUCGUAGAAAAAUUGCUGGUAGAAAAGUUAUCCAUAGAAAAAAAAAAUAAGCAUUAAGCAUAGUUGUAAAACCAAUACAUUUCUCGCGUCAUUCAGAAUCUGAAAUCUUUAAUCUUUUAAUUAAUCCUUAAGGUUUAAUAAAAUAUAGGUUAAAAUGUUUAUGAUAUAAAUAAUAUCAGACUAAAAAAGUUAAUGCGAGUUUAUAGAAAGCGAUUUUUUAGAGGAUGAAAUAUGUAUAUGUUUAAUAGGGGUGCCAAAUAUAUUGCUCUGGGGCGCCAAUGAUAGUUAGCACGGCACUGGUGUUUUAAGUUCUAAUUUUGACCAAAAUUGUAAAAAUUACGGUAUAACUCAGAAUUGUAUUCCGUUAGUUUUGAUUUAUUGUUGCGUACAGAUAUAAAUUAAAUAACAUUAUGUAUUCUAUCUUUGCGAAAUUCUACCUAUACAGCAAUAACACACCCAUCAGCAUUGUCUGCUCUUUUUUUUCAUAUUAUUAAUUUAAGUUUUGGUUUGCUACGAGAAGGUUAUUGAUUUUACACUUUUACAAAUUACAAACAUAGGUAUUUUUUUUUGGUGCUUGUAACUGGUGUGCGUAAAUUUAUGUGAGUGUGUAGUUUACCAAAGCGUUUGUAUCUAUAAUAUGUAUAGGUACUUUUUCAUCAAUUAGAAAUUGAUAAAUGGUUUAUAGGAUGAUCAAUCUGGAACUUUUAAUUGAAAAUGUGUAUAAACAACGUGCAACGGUUCCGUUUUAUUUAGUUAAAGUGAUCUAAAUAUUUUCUAAUACGGUUAUGAUUUUACUAAACGUUUCAGUUUAGUUAAAAUAUACACUAAAGUAGUUAACAUUUUAUGAUUUCAAAGACACAGUAUAUUUGAUUAGGUAAUUCACUUUCAUUUCUAAAUAUUUAGAUAUUUUGGAACACGUUGAAUGUCCUUAAUAUUGUUUUCUGAAGUAGAAAAAAAAACAUUUCAUUUUAAAUUCCAUAGAUACUAUGCGCUAACACACUUACAAUUUAGAAGUUAUAAAUAGUAACGAAAUUAAAAUCUCUUAUUCUUAAACGUAGAUAACAUAUUUUUUUCAUUGUGGAAUUAUGUUAAACAAGCAAUGCAUUUUAACUAUGAAAAGCAUUUAAUACAAAUAUUAUUCUGAAUAUAUUAUAAUAUAUUUAUAUUUUUUAUUAUUUAUCCACUAUUGAAUAGAUUUUAUUAUGUAUAUUUGUGUUUUUGUUUUUAAUUUUUUGUAUUAAAUAAAUUUAUUUAAAGUAGUUUUCAUUUUUUCCUUUGGUUGGCAUUAAACAAUUUUUUUUAUUAGAUGAGUCAAGGUUGAUUUAUAAAUUAUAAUUUAUUAUAACUAUAUACACUUUUUGGGGUAGUCAAAAUUUGGUAGCUAACAUAGACGUUCAUUAAGUGAAUAAAGGGACAACUUCUCUCUCGUUAGAUUUAAAAUAAUAAAUUAUUUAGAAAAUAUUAUAGAAAAUUAAAAUCUUUAUUUGAAAUGUAAAAAAUGUAAGGUUGAAAUAACGGUUGAUAUUUUAUUACGUGUAAUUACAGUUUACAUGGAAUAAUAAUUUAUAAUACUUUUUAAUUAAUUAAAAAAAAAAAAAAAUUGAAUAGUAAUGUUUUUGAUUUCUAAUGGAAACUGGGUUUAUUCCUCCCCCACCCCUUUUUUGAAUUUGUGCCUGUGGAUGCUCUUGGUCUCUAUUCAAGAUAGUUUAAAAUAAACCAAAUAUAAAUAAAUUAUAUUUUCUGGACACUUCUUUUGAAGAUAAUUCUACGAACUGUCAAGUGAAGUGUAAUAACUAUUGCGAACUACUGAAAAAAAACUACGAGAGAAUAAGUAAUAUAUAUUUUACACGGAAACUUUAUAUUGCAAAUUCUAUGCUUUAUAUUCAGAAGUUUUAUAGUUUUUGAAAAUAUUUAAGUUUAUGCUCAAAUUAAAAAUAAUAAUAGGUAGGUACCAUGUCUAUUCUUUGCUAUUGUGGAGGAAAACAACUUAGGUAACAGCUGUACUUGAAAUACAAUUUCUGGAAUUUAUUUAAUAAGUGGAUAAUUUUUAAGGUGAAAUAUAUUUUUAGAAAAGGUGCAUUUAAUAAUAUAAUUACUUUGUAUACCAGUAAUAUGCUAUGAGUGUAUACGUGACAUAAAAACAUUUUUUACGAAAUUAAAUCGUUGUGAAUAAUUAAAAAAUUUUUUUUUCUUAUGCUAUUUAAUUUAAAAAAGUCAGAUACCUUUGGGUGGAGAUUUCAUUGUAUUUUAGGGGUGUUAUGGGUUAUCACUUAUAUUAUACCUGUGUAUUACACAUACAAAUGUAAUAAGCUAUAAAAGGAUAUUCUAAUUUUGGAUUCAAGCUAUGCUCUUCUAGCUCCCUCCCCCAAAGAAAUAAACUAGAUAAAAAAAAUCCUUCCAGUUAAAGUUUUAGAUUGGAGCAUGAUUAUUGUUAGAAAAGUUAAUUUCAGACACAAACUAUUUAAAAAAAAAAAAUUGAUACUGUGGGGGGGGAGUCACUGUUGUAGGUGGAUAGUUGCGAAGGUGAAUUUACACUUAAGGGGACAUUAGAGGGCCAGUCAAACGUUGAAAUAUCGAGGCCAUCAACGUCCAACCCAAUAUUCGCAGUAGAGUAAACUGAAGAAAAAUAAUAUGAAAAGAAUUCAGUUGAAUCUCGCUCACACGUAGCGGUGCUUCCAUUAAAAGUGACAGUUUUAGGGUUAUUAUAUGAUCUAUUUUUUUUUUUUUUAUUUUAAUAAAUUUCCAAAAUUAUGAAUUUGUUAACGGUAUAUUGACGGUAUUUGACUUUUGUAGCAAAAUAAAUAAGCAGGAGUAUGUUGAUGCGUACAUACCGGUGCCUUAUAAAUGCCUUAUAAAUUAAAAACUAAAUAAUACAUAAAACAGUUAAUUUAAAGAAAUUUAAAAAAGUUAAUUUAAUUUAAUCAUAUUAUAUCAAUUAUUAUCACUUGUAUAAAUUAUUAAUUAUAUUAUUUUAAUAUCAAUAAAAAUACUAUUAUAUAAAAAAAAUAAAUGUAUUUCGUUCAAAAAUUGUAUUUUAAUUUAACAUGUUUACAUAUUUUUCAUUACCUAUUUUAAAUUGUUGAUGAUAUAUUUGGCCAUUUCAGUUAUAUAUGUACACAGAGGUGGAACUAGGACUUUUUACGCCCUGGGAAUUAUUAAAAUGAUGCCUCUAUCUAGAGUAAAAUACUUACCCUUCCUUACAAAUGCUUACCAAUAAUUAACAUACAACUCAUAUAAUCUUACUUACCUGAGUAUGUAAAUAAACAUAUUUUUGUUAUGUUUUAGCUUUAUACAAUUUUUUAUUAUCUGUACAUUAAAAAACUUCUGUGAAAGAAUAGUAAAUAUUGUCGUUAUUUAUUAGGUGGAAUAAUUUUCGUUUUUUGAUUUUCUAAAAUCCCAAUAAAUGGGAAAAACGGGGCAUUGUAUGAAAUGUAUUAUUUUAAAAUUGUUAAUAUUACAGUCUUUUUUUUUGUGAACAACUUUUCUACUAACAACUUUGCUCCAAUUUUCAAGUGUAACACUUUUUCUGAAAGAAAAUUUUUCUGGUGUGGUAUUUAGGGAACUCAUUUUAUCAUUUUUCUAUACUUUCAUAAUUAAUGGGAAAAACAGGAAAAUUUACGAAAUUAAUGCUUUUAUAAUUUUAAAUUUAAUUUUUUUGUUUUGUUGUAAUUCAGUUUAGAAUGUUUCUAGAGAUUUUAAAUUUGGACAGCAACCUUAUUUUUACCUUAUAUAAACGUAGUAAAAUUUUCAUAACAUGUGAGCCAUUUUUGAGCUUUUUAUAGACAUUUUAUAGACUUUCUUAGCAAGUUUUUUUAUGUAAUAUUUAUUCGGUAGGUAUACUCUGAGGAUAAAAUUGUUAGGCCGAAUAUAAAUGGUUGACAAUUUAAUAGGAGAUUUAUUAUAAGUUUUACUUAAUGGUUAUAAAUAAAAAGUUGAGUUUUAUGAAGUAUUUUUUUUAUUUUUUUUCUAUAAGAAUUUGAAUAUCAAAUUUUGUGUAAAACUGUAAAUAUUACGGCCAUUUAAAACAUGCAACAAUUGCAAACAUUUACAAUAACAACCCAUUUCUACCAGAUUUUAUCAAAUAAUAUAUAUUUAGUUUUUUAUAGGUUAGGUUAGGUUAGGUUAUACAUUUAGACAAAUGAUAUAUUUUAAAGUACCUAGCUAUUAUAAGUACUAGAUAACAAAGAACUUUUUUUUUUUACGGUGUCGUCAAUAUACUUGUCACCUGGGACCAUCGGUGGGUUUUGUGUUAGGUGGCGGGUUGCCAUCGUUUAUUGAUCAAAAAUCAAACGAAAUAAUUAUGAUGUAGGUCAUUUCUGACUCCAUACAACACUAUUACAAGCAUACACAUAUAUUAGUUGCAAUUUUUCAUCUUCGCGGGUCGGUAAUGUCCACCACUCUAUAUGUCGUGUCCUUUUUUGGUGCUUCGAGAAAGAUACUACCUGCUCGUGUUGUCCUCGUCCUCUGCAUGGAGAUCCCAAGGACCCCCAUCCUGCACCACAAUAGAGCGAUCUUCUUCGCUGCGAGAGAUAACUAAGACUAAGACUAUAAUAAAUGUAUACAACCAUAAUAAAUAUAUACACAACUUUUGUACUUUUCAAUAUUUUUUUUUAUAGUAAUAAUUUUAGUUUUAAACUGACGAAAAUUGUAAAUAUUACGGCCUUUUAAAAUAUGUAUAACCGACAAUUGAUCAACUAAUAAACCCUCACUAAUUACUUAUGUCAUGCAUUCGGGGGACACAUACUUGUAUUCAUGUCAUUGCUGUUAUCAAGCCGCUGCCGCUGAUUAAGUUAUGCUAAGGAGAUUGUAAACUGACAUUUUCUUUCUUUGUCUUGGACUAAUUUUUUUGGUUAUCAAUUAAAUGAAUUAAAACCAAUUAGUAAAUGCCUGGAUUUGUUAUUAUAAACCAACUAAAACGAUUCUGAAAUUGAAUUAAAUUUCAUAUUACCAAUAAAAGACGAUUAAAAACAAUAAUUAUUAUUCAUUAUUAGUUAUUUAAGUUUGAUAUAUGAAAAAUAUACAUUAUUAUAUACUUCUAUAUAAGCUCACCAGUUUUGAUUUAUUACAAAAACAGCCUAAGCAUAUAUUAGGUAUAGGUUUAUUUAAAUUUUUUACUAUAAUAUUUUUGUCAAUUUACAAUCUAAUGAUAUCAAUAUUAUACUUCUGAUUUCGCUAAUUUCAAAAGACUGCAGCACAUUGAUUAUAAUAACAUGUUGACGUGUUGCAUGUUAAAUAUAAUAUAAAUAUUUUUCGUAUACCUAUAUAUUUAUUUUGCUCUUAAAUCAGAUUUACUAUCCAUUAAUCUUAAAUUGUUUAUGGGCGUUUUGUUUUGUUUAAAAUAUAUAUUUACUAUAUAAAAAUAAUGAGCAGAAGCAUAAGCAAACGUCGUCGUUCCAAAAGUAAAAUAGAUAAUAGUGUUGCGUGCAGUAGGUAGUGAAGCCCAUCAAUAUUCUCACGCAAUAAAGAUACUUUACCCCCCCAAAAAAGUGAAGAAAGUAGGAUAUAAUACGUAUAUGUAGAGUGAUUGUUUAGACUCUGAGCGUAGCGAGGAAUAUAUUGGUGUUAUAAUGUUUAUCAUUUUAGAUUCGAAGCGUAGCUUUAUGUAUUUUUGUAUUUUUGUUGGGUCUGUGAGCAACUUUUCUACCAGAAAUUUUGCUCCGAUAUAUCAAGUGUAGUACCUUUUUUAAAAAGAAAUUUUAUUUAGUUAAUGCAUUGAAUAGGUCAUUUGAUUUUCUAAAGAGUUUUAAAAAUAGUUCCGAAAAAUUCGAAAGAAAAUGAUCGGAAAACGAUAAAUAUUUACGGCACGCCACGACGUUAUCGAUUUCAUUGUUUUUAAUUUAUACGAACUAUUUUUCCUACCAGAAAUAUUGGUCUAAUAAAAAAAUGGCAAGAGAUUUUUUAGUUGAAUUUUUUAUCUAGUUGGUAAUUAAGUAAUUUUUGAUUUUAUGUAAUUUUCAUAAUAAUUGGGAAAAGUCGGAAAAAAUAAGAAAGAAUGGAAAAAUUUACAAUUUUAAUGGUUAUAUCAUUUUUAAUUAUACAAAUUCUACAGACUUGAAAUUUUGGCUCAAAACUUAUGUUUUCCUUUUCUAGUCUUCUAGACGUUGUAAAUUUGGGUCAUUUUUGAGCUAUUCAUAAAGACAUUUUAAUAUUAUUUGAAUAUUAUUGGGUGAUCUGAACAAAAAUGCUUGAUAAUUUAUAAUUAAGUUUAUUUAAGUCGUAAUGAAUGGUAAAAAAAAAAAUUGAGUAAUAUAGUAUUUUUUUUUUUUAUAAUAGUUGUAAUAUUACAUUUUGGUGAAAACCGUAAAUAUUACGGCUCUUCAAAACAUCUAUAAUCGAACUUUGCUCCAUAUCGUUUCUCGUUAGCAAUUGUUUAUCGUUGUUUACGGAUAUAAAUAAUUCAAUGUAUCGUAUCUUUUUAAUUAAUUAGUUAGGUUAGAUCACACCCGUCCAGUGGCGGUUUAGGUAUAUAUUUUUUUCAUAAGACGAUAAAAUAUUAAAUAUAACUAUAUACUAAGUAAUAACAGAUACUUCCAGUAAAUCUGAUUCAUGUUUUUCGUAACUACUAAAAAGUGAUUUUGAGAUAAUUAUAAAUUUUAAUUUUUUAAAAAAAAUGUAAAUAAUCCAAUAAUUAGGUCAUGAUUUUUUAAAAAUAAUAUUAUCAAAUACUGUUAUAUUUUUCAAUUUUUAAUUUAAGAUCAGUGGCUGCACUCGUCUUCAUUAUCUUAGGUUAGUUUUUUUUUAUAUAUAUAUAUAUAUAUAUAUAUAUUGAAAUCAUUUAAACUUUUAUUUAAAAUCGUAUUUCAUUCCUAUCCCUACUACUAAUAACAAAGGUAUAUACUUAUUUAAGGUAUAUGGAGUUGGUGUAAAAUAUUUUUUAAAAUAAAGUCUAAAGGAUUCCAUAAUUUUUAAAAAAUAGAAAUUAAAUUCACUUAAAACCACCUGAGAAAAUUGCUGGUUCAUGAUUAAAAAAGCGUCGAUACUGGAGACGAGUGUGCACUCUUGUAUAUGGUAAGAUAGAAUACAUAAGUUACUUAAUUUAUAUGCGUAAUCAACGAUAAACUAUUGCUAAUGUAAACCGAUUCUAAACGAGGUCUGCCUAUACACGUUUUGAAAAGCCAGAAUAUUUACGAUUUUUAUUAAAAUUUGAUUUUAAAACUCAUAUAAAAUAAGUAUGUACUCGUAUGCUAUGUAACAACACUCAAUUUUUAUUUAUCACUAAGUACGAUUUGAAAGUUUUACCAUGCCUAGAAAUAGCAAUUACCUAUAAGUUUUCUUUUAAAAUUUCAAGUCUCUACGAAUACUUUUAACUGAACUAAAUUAAAAAAGACGGACAUACUUUGCACAAUGUGUGCAGCCACUGUUGGUGAUUAGUUUGGAAGGUAGAAAACAGAAGGGAAUUGAAUGUGUAUUUGUAAACAAAGUUAAACUAUUGCUUACGAAAAAACGAUUCUGAGCGGAGUUCAGUUGAUAGUGAUCCUUUGUUAACAAUAUAAAUGUUAUAUUAUGGUAAAAUAAUUAAAUAAGCAUUAUACAUUUUCUGUAAUAAUAUUUGUUUAAUAUUGAUCCGAUUUCCUCAUUUUUCCUAAUUUGUGCUGACUUUCUCGUGUUUUUUCCUGUUUUUCACAUUUACUUGAAAAACUCUUAGGAAAAUCGAAAAAUAACUUUUUUUAAGUAUCUUCCCAGUCAUAUUUCCUUUCAGAAAAAUUGCUAUUAUUGUAAAUCGGAGCAAAAAAGUGCUUGUAGAAAAGUGUUUCACAGAAAAAAUAUCGUAAUAUUUUACUAAUAUAUAUUUCUUACAUUUUAUCGUUUAUCUUAGGUUUUUCGAUUUUUCACAUUUAAUGAGAAAAUUCCUGAGAUAAUCAUAAAAUAACCUUAAAAUACCACCCUAAGAAAAUUUCCUUUCAGAAAACGUUCUACAUCGUGUACAUCGGAGUAUGCUAAUUGGUAGAAAAAGUGUUCACAUAAAAAAAAAAUUGAAAAAAAAAGUCUUUGAAAAACCAAUAUAUUGUUCGCUCCACUCAAAAUCUAAAACAUAAUUUAAAACAAUAAAAUAAUUAUUUUCGUAACUUUUACUGUUCUUUUUACGUAUUUUCCGGGUUUUGCUCAAUUAUUACAAACUAUUGGAAAAUCAAAAGACGAAUUACUAACUCACGAACUAGAUUAAAAAUGCAACAAUAAAGGUCUAUUUGAGCAAUAUUUCUGGUAUAAAAUAUCGUUUAUUUAUUUAUUGGUCUUUCGCAAUACAAUGUACAGGUAAAAAAUAAAUUUCAAAUCAAUGCGUACCUCCUUUAAGUUUGAUCUGUACUGGAGGUGUAGUUCUUAAUCUACAGUUACACAUUAUAAUGAUAAAUCGUUAAAAUUACUUAAAAAUAAUACAAAAUGGUACUUAUAGUAAUAUUAACUAAUAAGUGAUUUAAUUGACAUCAAUGGUAAUUUAUAGUAUUACAAGAACUGUAAUAAAAGAAUUAAUCCAAGAACUGGAUUAAAUGAGUUUAAGUAUGCUAUACUUGAAAUUAUUACUAUUCUUAAAACAGUUAAAAUUAAUAUUUAAAUCUUUACAUAAUAUCAUAGCAGUACUUGGUGAAUUUUUGAGACCAAAAGAUUUAUAACACAUAGACAUAGUUACAUUAAUAUUUUUUUUAAAUCUAGUAUAAAAAUUAUGCUUACAUGUUGGAAUAAUAUAUGUAUGCUUAUAUAUAAAUAAUAGUAUACAUUUUUUAAAUAAUUUAUCAAUAUUAAACACAUUAAACUCUUAAUGUAAAUACUAAUAGAACUUGUAUAGCUUGGUAACUUUAAUAUAAAUUAAAUCAACUUUUUUCUAGUAGUUUUUAGAUUGCUUAAAUGGAUAUCGUAAGAGUAUUUCCAUCUCUUUAUACCAUAAGUUAUAAUCGAUUAAACAAGUGAAAUAUUAAUUAAUCUCAAUUGCCUUUUAUCAAGUAAAGAUCUUAAGUUGUGGAAAAUGUAAAAGAAUUUACGAGUUAACUAUAUUAGAUAUUCAAUAUGCCUAUUCCAUUUUGACUGUUAGUCAAUAUACAACCUUAAUUAUCUUAUAUAAUUAAUGUUUACAAUACAUAUACACAAGCAAUAUAGACUAUUCUUUUUUAAAAAUAGCGAUGAAUGAACACAAAUUUGAGAUUUCUUCGAAUAGAAAUAUUUUGUAUACUAAAAAUGACAUAUUUUGUUUUGUUUAAAUUUAAUUCAAGUAGGUUAUAUAUUAAAACAUGAUUUAGUUGAUCUGAUAAUACCAUUUUCUUUAAUAUAUAAAUUAUCUAUAUUAUUAUAAUGAAGGAGAAUUACUAUGUCAUUGGCAAAACAAAUUAUUUUUACUUCCAAAUGUUAUUCAUUUGUUACUAAAUUAACUGAACUGAAUUAACUAAAUAAACUAUAACUUCAAUUAAUAUUCGUUGUCUUAAGAAAUUGUAAAUUUAAACUUAAAACGCUGAUAAAUAUAUAGGUUAAUUUUACAAUAUUUGUGUCUACAUAAAAGAAAAAAGAAAUGAGCUGAUACAGCUGGUGGGGUUGCUAUUAUAGUUGUAGGAGGGAAAGUAGGAUACAUAGAGUUAUUUAAUUUAUUUUUGUACACAAUGAUAAGCCAUUGCUAAUAAAAAGUGAUUCAGGGCAAAAUUCGGUUAAACGUGUUAUGAAAUUCUGUGAUUUUUGUCAAAAUUUUAACUUGUAAAAGCAGUGCUGCCAUAAUUACUUCUAUACCACCACCAUACCCACACACAUAGGCGUCAUCGUUGGUACUGCAUACGGCGGCCUAAAAUUGUGUGGAGCUGAAAUAUAUUUUAAAUCUAAAAUGUUUAUUGGUGUAUAAUUUGCGUUUUUUUAAAUAUUGCAUUUUUAAUUUCUUCAGAUUGUUUUUUUUUUAUGCUUGUUAUUUAAGUUUACUGAGUUUAUUUGUUGGUCGAGGAACAAUAGGUUGGUGUAAGAUUGUUAGAUAAACGUUUACAAUAUCGUAGAAUACGUGUACACUUCUAUCUAGAUUUUAGAUGAUUAGAUGAACAUGGGACAGUUUAUACCUAUUAUAAUAGUAUUCAGGACGGGCUUAAUAGAUGUAACAUGUGGUUGGUCAAAAUUGCAUUCGUGCUAAACGUUUGAGUGCUUAAUUAAAACAAGUAAUAUCUUGCCGGACUUUCCUAAAGCUAUUUUGUUUGCAUAAACUUAAACUCUGAUCUUCCAAGUACAAUAGUAAACAAUUCGUUUAUAUACCUACGCAAGGACAAAUACGUAUAAUGUUGGUCGGUACCCCGGCAGUCGUACGAUAUUUAGAAUUUAGAAUUAUUUAUUUAUUAAUUUACGGAAAAAGAAAAUUUCAUUUACAAAAAAUGUGUGUAAUAUAAUAAAACAGUUAAAUGUGUAUAGAUAAAAAUAAUAAAUAUAGGUUUACGUAUAAAAUAUUUGUGUAAAGAGCAAAAAUACGCAACAUUUGAUAGGUAAUGCAUUUACUAUAACAUAUAUUAUAAACAUUUACCUACCUAUUAUUAUAUUUUAAAACAAGAAUAUUAUGUACCUAAUUGUUAUCAUGCCAAAUUAUUUAUUAAUCUAUUUUCAAUUCUUACGAACGGUGUCUAAUUUACAAUAUUUUAAUAUUUAAUAUUACUAAAAAUAAUAAGACAGCUUGUAAACUAAUGUAAUGUUAAAAUUUUUUUCAUGAAUUACAAGUAAAAUAAUAAAAUACAAAUGUAUAAUGGAAAAAUUAAACAAAAAAAAAAAAAAAAAACAAAUUAUUUCAAUAAAUUAUUUGUUAUUUGAUUGUGUCAGUAGACAUUAAAAUAUUUAUUGGGUUAUUUGAUACGUAAUUUUGAGAAAAAUCUAGAACAUAAAAUAAUUGAUUAUUUCGUAUUUUGCAUUUGUUUACUUUAAAAAUUAUCUGGAUUAGUAUAAAUGAGUUGUGAAUCUAAUUAUUUAAUAAUUUGAAAAGAAAUUAUGUGUGUUUUUAAUGAUUUUAAAUUUCAAAUUCCUAAAAUAUUUCCAUAACCAGAAUGGGGAGGUUCUUAAAAUAUUACAAUUAAAGCAUAUAAAGGGAAAACAUUUUAUUGGUUUUUUUUUUAAAGUAGUUUUCGGUUAGACCAAUAUUUGAAAUUUUUCAUGCAGUAUCUCAGCACAUGUUGAAAUUUAGCCCAUUAGUAAUUUAUUUGAACAAUUUUUCAACAUUUUUAUUUCUUCAACCUCUAUGCAUAUUUUUAUGGUUUUAUUUUUCUUGAUUUCUGGCGGUGCAGCAAAACAUAAAAAAGAAAUUUACAUAAUUUCAAUUGUAGGAUUAUUGAUUUUUAAUUAAAAAUGUCAAUAUUUUAUAACAUUCAUUCUUAGCUUUUUAGGUAUUUGUUACUAAAUUUUACAUUUACAGAGUACAGCCUAAAUGAUAGUACCCAAAUAAUUCAUAUUAUUGUUAUGAUAAUGCGGACUAUGCAAUAUCGCCGUAUCAGUUAUAAUUUUUUUUAAAGCUUGUAUUGUAAUUUCAUUGUACUUCCUAGUUCUAACAAUUUUAAGUUUUUUAAUAUUAAACAUUUUUCGUAACAUUCGGUUCAAUGAAAAAAUGGGAUUGACUGACUGAGCUUCGGCGUAGUCGUAUACUUGUGCUUAUACAACCUAGUAUUCCAUAUUCAUGGUAUAUAUAUAUUAGAAUAUUAAACAAUGUAUAUUGUAUGUGGUAUGCAAUAUACAUGGAAUACAAAAUGUAAAAUUAUUUAUUUUUCAUUCCAUUAUAAUAUGUUGCCCACUAUUUUCGGUAGGCAGCCAGGCAGGUCACAAUAGUACACGAUCGUAGUUUAGUGUAGGUAUAAGUUACCUUAUUUUUAUAUAAAUAUUAUAAAUUUAACGCAAGAAAGAAAAAAUUAAAAAGGACGGACAUACAUCGCACGUGGGUGCAGCCACUGUUGUAGGUGGAAGGUUGGUAAGGUAUAAUACAGAAGGGAAUUUAAUGUAUAUCUGUAAGCAAUGAUACCAGCAACCUAACCUAACCAUUUUUAAUGAAAAGACGAUUCUGAGCGGAGAUCAGUUGAUAGUGAUGCUUUUUCAAUAAUAUACAUGUCAUAUUAUGGUACAAUAAUUAAAUAGGUAUUAUAUAUUUUGUUUAAUAAUAUUGUACCAAUUUCUCGUUUUUGCUCGGUUUUUUAUAUUUGAUGAGAAAACUCUUAAUAUAAUCAAAAAAUGACCUACCUUAGGUACCACCCCAAGAAUAUUUCCUUUCAAAAAAGGGUUUACGUUGUAUAAAUCGGAACAUGCUUGUAGAAAAAAAGUUCACAUAAAAAAAAAAGUACAUAAACAUUUUUGUAAAACCAAUAAAUUUUUCCCUACACUCAAAAUAUAAAAUUCUUAGUAGUUGGUAAUACUUUUAUUAUUAAUUGUUCAUAAAUAUUAUGUCAGUUUUAAGUAUUACAUGUUAUUUUUGUUUGCCGUGCGCGAAACUUAAAAAUUCAAAAUCCCUAUUCUAACCUUUCUAAAAGUAGGUAUACCAUUUGUGUUCGAUUUCGAUUAACUGUAUAUUAUAUACGUAUUACUUUAUCAAACUUUUUGAGUGUGUUAACCGAAAACAUUACUAAACUAUACGCAGGUACAUAAAGUACGUAUGUUUAAUUAAAGUAAAAAAAUAUAAAAAUACAAAAUUUAUGUAUAAAAAUAAAAUAAAAUGAAUCAACGCGUCGCUUGGACGUAUAGCACGAUUCCAUGAUUAGAAAAACCAUAAAUCCAAUUCACUUAUAAUAAUCUGAGAUAAUAGCUGGUUCAUGAUAAAAAAAAUCACCCUGUAUUGGUAAACCAGAAACAAAUUUUUAUUUUAAAGAUUUUUAUGUUUUUAUGAUUACCUGACUUAUCCAACAAAUUAACAGAAACGUUUCUGCCUGGAUUUUUUUAUUUUUGCUAAUUAUGUUUUCUAUUAGAAAUACCUAGAGAUCUUUUUUGUUCAUGAAGAAGAUCGUUUCUGAUUAAGCGUUUUUCAUAAUAAUUGGGAAACACAAAAGACAAAAAAUGAGAACAGAUAAAUGUACAGUGCUAUAAUUCCUUUAUUCAAAAUGUUUACGGGUUAUGUUUACUACUAAUAUUCAUAUAAUAUUCAUAUAAUCAAAAUAUUAGUUUAAAAAACCUACAUGAUAUUAUUUUUGUUGUAUUUUAAAUUUAGUUGGCAAGUAAGAAAGUCGUUUUUUAAUAACUGAACAAAACCGAAAAAUACGUAGUAUGUACGAGACAAUUUACGUAAAUAAUUCUUUUAUUAUUUCAAAUUUGGUUUUUUUUAAUGUAAUUCAGUUAAAAAUAUUUGUAAAAUUGUAAUUUUGACAGAUAACUUAUAUUUGCCAUUUCCAGACGUAAAAUUUUCAAUAAAAGUUUUAAAAUCAAAUUUUGACGUAAAUCGUUAAUAUUGCGGCUUUUCAAAACAUGUUUAACCGAACUUUGUUCCAAACCGUUUUUUCGUUAUUAAUAGUUUAUCUUUGGUAAUAGGUAUAAAUUAAAUAACUAUGUAUUCCACCUUCUCUACCUAUAACCUACAAUAGUAGCUGCACCUGCCCUCAGUAUCAACUCAUUUUUGUUCUGAGGUGGUUAGAUUAGGUUUAAGUUUAGGUAGAGGGAGAAUUGUGAAGUAUCAUUUGUGUGGCGAUACAGCACGCGACGUGCAGUAUGCGGCGUUUUAUUAGUGCUUCAUUACUCUCCCCUUAUCUAAGCUUAUAACUGAAAUAUCUCGUCAACGAAAAUCAUACAUUUUAACACCAAAAUUUAUUUAAAACAAUAUUUUGUUUAUUUAUGGAGUUUUUAAUAUAGGUUCUUACGUAAAAAAACAAAGUUGGUAUAACUACAGGAUACUCCUUAAAUGUUGUGAAAAAUCUAAGUUUUCAGAAAUAUUGGCUUUGUGGAGUGAUUACACAUAGUGAAUUUACAAUGGCAGCAUUUUUUUUUAAAGGAAAUCUGACUGGUACUUUAUUGAGGUUAUGUUUUGAUUUUACCAGGAAUUUUUCCAAUGAAUGGAACAAACUGGGAAAAACGGGAAAAUAGGUAUAAUAUUAAACAAAUAUUAUUAAAGAUAAUGUUUGAUAUACGUGCAAUUAUUUUGCCAUAAUAUGAUAUCAUAUUAUAUUAUAUUUAUUGUUGACAAACACUAUGAUAUUUUAUCAUUUCUAAAAAUUAAGAAAAUGAAAUGGUUUGGACAUGUAUGGAGAACCGAACAUGAUAUAAUAAGAAAAAUACUAACGGAAACCAUGCAUAAAAAAAGAUCAAUAGGUGGACCACGUACGAGAUAGAAAGAUGUGGUAAAGAAAGAUAUCUAAAUGAUGAGAACAAUUGUGUCAGUUGACCUGGCAUUGAAUAGGGAAAUAUGGAGAGAAUUGCUUGUGGUAGCUCAGGUUCUACAAGGUUGUAUAAAUCAAUUUCAAUUUCGAUAUUUCGAUAUAUCGAUUUUUUCGAAUUGCGAUAACCGAUAAUAUCGAUAUCGAUAUUCAGUGAAAUUUAAAAAUAUUAGAUAAAGUAAUAUGGAUCGAAAAAUUCGCGAAAAUUUAUCGGCAUUACGUCAGAAUUUUGUUGUGAUCUAAAAUAUAUAAUAUAUCAGACAUAUAUAUAUAUAUAUCUACUUAUCAAUCUACUUGUUGUAAUAUUGUAAAAAAAAUUUAACAUACAUGUUUAUUGAAGAUUAAAGACGUAUGUUUAGUUUUCAUCUCCUAUAUAAAAUUAAUAGUCGUAAAAACAUUUAGUUAUUAAAUAAUAUCACUUUAUUUUUUAGAUAUUUACAUCGUGUGCAUUGUUUUCCUUGUUUCCUGAAUUACUGAUAAAUGCACAUCAAUUUAUCCUUUGCAGCACAAUUUUAUGUUAUUAUUGUUAGUAUUAAAAUUUUAUUUUAUAAAUUAAAUAUAUAUUAUUAUAUUCUAAAAAAUGUUAAAUUAUUUUUUUAUUUACAUUAGAAUUUAUUUUUUUUCUAUAUUUACGAAUAUUAUAUUACGCUCUUUUACUGCGGUGUUGGUCGGAACAGAAUAACUUGAAAUUAAAGCCUCGUUCUUAAAAUAUCGUCUGGUCGACAGGAAAUUGGCCGCGUUUGGAUAAAACGUAAUUUAUUAAAAACCAUAAACCCACAAAAAGUAGCAAAAGCGACAACUGGUAUUCGAAAAACUCAAUUUGUAAAGUUUUUCCUAUGCAAGUUUUCAAUUAUUAUUUAAUUAAAAAUGUAUAUAGAUUAUGAAAAAGUAUAUAACAUUCAAAAAUAAUAUAAAUUAUAUUGACUUUAUUUUUUAUAAGUUAGGUAUCUACACUAAGAUAUUAUAUUGGCACCUAUACAAAUGGGUACAUUUUAUGUUAAAUAAUUGAAAAUAUAUGUACUUAUAAUGUUCAUAUUAUUCUUAAUAAUUUUAAUAACUUUAGUCCUUACUAUUAUUAUAGUAUUGAAAUAGAUGUAUAGUGUAUACACUAUACAGUCUUUUAGGUUCUGUAGUAAAACGAAAUUCUAUUUAGAUAUAUAUACCGUAUAUUGUUUUAGAUUCUAAUAAUAGAAAAGUGUUUUACUAUUAUAGUAUUUUUUUUGUGCCUGUAAACUAAUUUUCUACCAGAAAUUAUGUUCUAAUAAAUACCUUUUUGGGAACUUUUUUGUAGAAUAUUUUUUCUAGUUGAUGAAAUUGAUGAGUUUAUUUUUUGAUUUUUCUCGUAGUUUUUUUAAUAAAUGGAAAAGAUGGCAAUAUUUUUGUAUAAUUUUUGUUGAUUUCCGGGUUACUUUGGUAACAAGGAAAAAUAUACGAAAAUUAAUAAUUUUCUCAGAAUCUCCGUUAGCAAUGGUUUAUUGUUAUGCACACAUACAAAUUAAAUUACUUUACAUAUCUUCCCUUUCAAAUUCCCCCCUAAUACUGCAGCGGUAUAACCAUUAGAAGUAUCAGUCUCUUUAUUAUAUUGAAAUAAAAGAUAAUAAUAUACACAAAUGCAAUUUUCUACCAUUAUAUACCUACAAAAUAUUAUUGAUUGAUAAUUGAUUAGAAAUAUCUGACCAACAAUUUAUUCAAUAGCCAAGUAAUAAUAAUAAUGAAGUUAACGGUCUUUUUAAAAAUCUGUAGUAUUUUUAAUACUCGUAGUUGGUCUGUUAAUACUACGUGGACUGGGAGAUCAUAAGAAUUAAUGAAUGUAAUGCGACCCAAAGAAAAACUGUUUAUUAUAUAGGUUUAGAUUAAGUUGUAAAAUAAUAUUAUAUAUUAUUAUGUUUAAUACCUUCUUAAUAUCCUCUACUUUGUAGAUUAUGAUAUAUUAUACAAUCGAAUGCCUUUUUUUUUAAUUUAUGCUUUACCAGUUUUGAUAAUGCGGCUAUCUAUACGUUUUAUGUUGUAGACUACUUGUAUAUUACUAUUGUAAUAUUUUCUUUAAAUUAAAUUAAAUUAAACUUGGAUAGGCAAACUGUUGUACAAUAACACAAAAGGUGUGGUGGAAAUUGAAGCCUUAUCGUCAGAAUCAGAUUAUAUUAUUAUUUCGAUAAUAUUUAAAUGCCAUCAUUUAACAUCUGGGAUUUUAAAGUUAUUGUCAAUUAUUAUGUGAUAAAGGAAGAAAGGAUUUCAAUGAUUACUCCUGUUUAGUAUCUACUGUUAUAUAAUGCUGUUUUCGAACUUUAUCCCUUCAUCAUUUCGGAAAAUUACUCGAGUACCGAUAUUAUAUACAAUAAAUACUUUCGUCAUGUUUUGAUACCGCGUUAAGAACAUCUGAAUUCUAUACGCUCUUUAUUCAGUAAGAUUCAUGUUUGCAGCCUCCUAUUUUAACAGAAUGUAUACAAUAUAGUUUAGUCGUAUUUAAAGUUUUCAUGAUCGUUCCAUAUGAUAUUAAUCCCUACAUCGAAUUACUGAACUUCCUAUUUAAGUUUCGGUCAUACAGGGAAAUUUCGUAUCGUUUAGUAAGUCACGUUAUAUUUAUUGUUAUGAAUCUACUAUUAUUAAAAAUAAAAUGGUCAAUUUAGUAUUUCAGUAAAGUUGAUGUCACCGGGCUAAAAUCUGUAUUGUAUAGUAAAUAGUGAUGAUGAAUUCAAUCAAAACAUUGUUGCAAAUUAUAAAAAGAGUGAUUUGUUUAUUGUUAAACACUCAUUGUUUCGAAAAGUAUUGAUUAUUUUUGAAUUUUUUUUUUUUUGAAAACUUAAGUAACAAAUAAUUCUAAAAUAUUACGUUAUUAUUUUUUUUAUGACCCUUAUUUCUGGGGGUGAAAUGACUACCUAUUUUUGAUUUUAAAAAAGCAACCUAUAUUAAAAUCCCAUAAAAAGAUAGAGUAAUAUUACAUAAAAUAAAUAUUGGUGUUGAAAUUUUUGUUUUCCCUCAAUCCAUUAAACCGGCAAUAUCCAUCGUUCUUAAAUCGAUAUUAUACAUAUGUUUUUUUUUUGAAAAAACCUAUAAAAUCAGAUUUGUUCCACAUAAUUUUGAUAAUUUUAUAUUAAAAUUCCCUUAUAGAAAAUAAUACUACAUUUACUACAUUAAACUCAAUUUUGUUUUUUACCACAAAUUAAGACUUAAUCAACCUCCUGUUAAAUUUUGAAGCAUUUCUGUUCAAAUCAACAAUUUUACCCCAGAGUACCUAUCGAAUAAAUAAUACGUACAAAACUCUCAAAAUGUCUAUAGUGUAAUGUCUAUGUCAAAUGUCUAAUGUCUAUGUCUAUGUCUCAAAAUGGUUUAAAUUUUUUGAAAAUUUUACCACGUACAUAUAAGGCAAAUAUAAGUUUUUUGUCCUAAUUUUAAGUUCAUCGAGUUGAUACGAAUAUUUUUGACUAAAUUUUUACAAAAAUAUUACAAAUUUUAUAAAAAGCCUAAAAAUAGCUUAAAUUUUUGGAAAAUUUUACCUCGAUUAGAAAAAGCAAAUAUAAGUUUUCUGUCCAAAUUUCAAGUUUUUAUGAAUUUUUUAACUGAAUUACAACAAACAACUAAAUUGAAAAAUAAUAAAAAGUUUUAAUUUUUCGUAAAUUUCCCGUUUUUCUUACGUUUUAUUCUGGUUUUUCCUAUGAAAACCACUUGUAAAAUCAAAAAAUGACCUUUCAAAAGUACCAUCUAGACAACAUUCCCUUUCAGAAAUGGUUUCAUGCGUAUAUAUCUGAGCAAGAUUUAUGGUUGAAUUUGUGUACACAGGAUAAAAAAAAUAAACAUCUUAGUAAAACCAAUACAUUCUUGGCUAUACUCAGAAUUUAAAACAUCCCUUGAUAGUUAUUUUGACAUUUUUCCGUCUCUAACCAAAAAAGGGUACACAAUUUUAACGUCCAUGCAGCAUUAUUUCCCCGUUGAAGUCCUUCCGAUCUUUUUCAAUUAUUGUUUCGUUCCAAAAAAAUAAACUUUUAAACUAUGAUCAGAUGUAACUAGUAGUUUAACCCUUGUUAGGCCAGUAAACACGGUCAAAAAGUUUUACGCAUCAACAACAACUUUGUAUAUUAUUAAGUUAUUGGACACUGAUGGUAAACUGUACUUACUUUAUAGGGAGGUCUUUUUCCGAAUUUCAUACUUCGAGUUCCUGUGAAUUGUUAUCAUCUGAAUAAACUAAGCGAAGAUAAUAUUAUGAUAGAAUAUUAUGUAACUACUUAUAGAGUUAGUAACGCCACUCUAGCUAUAAUCAUUUUUUGAUGCAAUAGUUGUUUCGUAUUUAAAAUAAUAAUACUAUACUAUUUUUGAUAACUUUUAUUUUCAACCAAAUUAUUCUCUGUUAUAUUUAAAAAUAUAAUAUUUAUAUUCUACAACUUUUAAAAUUAUGCCAUUAUGUACAACUAGAAAUAUGUGAACACUUUCAUCGAUAGUUGAUGAAUAUACAUAGCACAAUAAUCUCACUUUAACAAUGUUGCAAACUUCUUUAUUUUUAAAUCGACCCGUUAUUGGUAUUGGAAAUUAUAUUGCUAAGUAGAAAAUUAAAAAAUAAACUGCCGUCGUCUUUUACUGUGCAACGUCGCAGCUAAUGCACACGGAAAACCGUCUCAUGAGUUUGCAGUGUCGGUCAAUCCCAGUCAGUUAUAUAUCACGAUUCGUUACCGUCAUCGAAGAAAAAAGCUCGCUGGAGUGUUUUUUUUUUAGAUUUUGAAUGAUGCGUUGAACAAUUUUUACGCUCGAAUAUUAUGUAGGUUUGUAAAUGUCUAUUCAAAUAAAGAUACAAGUGUUUAAAUUGAGCAAUUUAAAUGUUCAUACAUAUUAUAUUUUUGUUUUUAAAUAGCAUUUUUGUUUAAUUACAGGUACAAAAUCAUAUCCAAAUACGUAUGCUGAGGAAUUUCACUAUAGUUUGA